AUGAGAGGCUUAUUGGGAGCAACAACACCAGUCGCCACCAAAUUCUUGUUCAACCAACCAAAACCUAAAUUGCUACCAUGCAGAAAUCGAGCCUACAGUUUGAUCCCUAUGGUCAUUGAAACCUCAUCCAGAGGUGAAAGAGCCUACGAUAUCUUCUCUCGUCUUCUCAAGGAACGCAUCAUUUGCAUCAAUGGACCCAUCUCUGAUGACACCUCUCAUGUCGUGGUUGCUCAGCUUUUGUUUCUUGAAUCUGAAAACCCUUCCAAGCCUAUCAACAUGUACCUCAAUUCCCCUGGUGGUGCCGUUACUGCAGGGCUUGCAAUUUAUGAUACUAUGCAGUACAUUCGGUCUCCGAUCAACACAAUGUGUUUGGGGCAGGCUGCAUCCAUGGCUUCUCUCCUGUUGAGUGCGGGUGCCAAGGGUCAGAGGCGUUCUCUUCCGAAUGCUACAAUCAUGAUUCACCAGCCUUCUGGUGGAUACAGUGGCCAGGCAAAGGAUAUUGAAAUUCAUUCCAAGCAGAUUAAAAAAGUCUCGGAAGCGCUGAAUAAGUUGUACGUCAAGCACACGGGCAAUACGAUUGAAAAAAUUGAGAAGGAUAUGGAUAGAGAUCAUUUUAUGACUGCCGAAGAGGCAAAGGAGUUUGGGAUUAUUGAUGAGGUUAUUGUUAAUAGACCUCUGACUUUGGUUUCUGAUGCUGUUGGCGAUGAAGACAAAGAUAAAGAUUCAAAUUAG